AUGGAUUCUCCUUCUCAGGCCGAUGCCGGGAAGAACAGCGUGAAAUACGUCUAUGAAGAGGUCAGUCAAUCUUUUGCAUCACAGAAGAAAACGGCAGCUUCGCCGACUCCUCCCUCAUAACCUGGUCUUCCAGGGAUUCGCAUGGAAUUCCGGGGGGGUGAAGCUCUUCACUUGCCAAUGGCUUCCCAAGAACUCAGACGCCAAGGCUCUCAUAUUCCUCUGUCACGGUAUUUUCGUGAUCUAAGAUUUCAACGGUUCUAUUCCUUCUAAUCCAUCUGAUCGCCAGUGUUCUUCACAGGGUACGGGAUGGAAUGCAGCAUCUCGAUGAGAGGUGAGAAUGGUUCCUGGAUUUCUUCGUAUAUCUCUAGAUGCCCUACCGAUCUUCCUCCACAGAUGAUGAUGAUGAUGAUGAUGACGAUGAUGCUGAUGGUGGUGGUUCAGGCACCGGAAUCGCCCUGGCUGAGGGAGGCUACGAGGUGCAUGGACUGGACUAUGAGGGCCACGGCAAGUCCGCCGGGCUGCAGGGGCUCGUGUCAAGUUUCGACGACCUCGUCGACGACUGCUCCGAGUAUUUCACCCAUGUCUGCGGUAAGACCUAACCAGAGGAGAAGGAGAAGAAAAAAGGCAAGGGGAACACCCGUCCAUCUGUGAGCGCUCGCAUCUUGCUGAUGGAAUCCAAUUGCGUAAUUACGCUGCAGAGAAGGAGGAGAACCGGAAGAAGAAAAGGUUCUUGCUCGGGGAGUCCAUGGGAGGGGCCGUGGCGCUGCUCCUCCACAGGAAGAAGCUCUCCUUCUGGAACGGUGCGGUCCUGGUGGCGCCCAUGUGCAAGGUCAUCUUCUUGUCCUUCAUCUCGUCGUUUACCAUUCAAUCAUCUUAAAAUCCGGGACAUCUCAUUCAUGAUCCGCGCUGGUGCUUCGUGCGCCAAUCAAGAUUCCUCAUUACUCCCCAAGGGUCUGUCCAUCUGGGUCCCCGUGAGAUGCUAUUAUUAGAAGGGGGCUCAACCGAUCCGAUUUUUUUUUGCAUUCCCCGCAUUUUCCCUGGAUCAGAAUUGGGGACUUCUAUAGGAACUGGUUCCAAAGCAAAGGGUCUAUUUUUAUGACAACAACACUAAUCUAUGAUCACUCGCGUCGAUGCCUGCACAUCCCCAGAGGUACCCACGCAAGCAUAAAUUAUCUUUCUCCAAGAUGGACGCAUGCAGUGGACGGGGCCGGGAUUCAUAUGGGUGGUGGGUACACGGUUGAAGCUUGGUUUUUGGGAAUUCUUUACUUCAGUCAGGUUCCAAGACCUUCAGAGAAAGCAGUUGUUUGUGUCCUGGACGGUUUUGAUGAGGCCUGGCUCCAAUCUCCCGUCAGUCCAACCUUAAAAGCAGUUGUUUUAGUGUCGCAUGAUGUUCUCAAGCCUGAGAACAUCAUGUGCAGGGGAGAAACAUAACUGUAUCUCAAUCGAUGCAACUGGUCGAAAAAAUAUUAAUUAAAUUUGUUAUCGCAUGUUCUAACCUAUAGUUUGUUUAAUGAAUCCUGGCAGAUAUCUGACGAAUUGAAGCCUCACCCUUUGGUCGUUAAAAUGUUAAUUAUUCUAUGCAAAAUAGUUCCAACCUGGAAGUUGAUGCCCACCCAAGAUAUCAUUGAUGUCGCUUUUAAAGACCCAGGAAAGAGGAGGGAGGUAGACUCUCUCUCUCUCUCUCUCUCUCUCGCUCCCUCCCCCCGUCUCCCUAUCGAUAUAUGGAUCGAGAGUAUUGGUAGAUUGUUGGAUUGUCUUGUGAUUGGUAGGUGCGGGAGAAUCCACUCUGCUACAAGGGAAGGCCCAGGUUGAAGACGGCAUACGAGCUAUUCAUGGCGAGCCAGGACAUCGAAAAGAAACUACACAAGGUAACCCCUACCUUUGAAUUAGCGUUGGGAGGGGGGGGGGAGAGAGAGUGAGAGAGAGCAUUUUUUCUGUCUCUAACUAAUUUUGAUGUCUGGGUUGAAAAACUAAGAGACACUGAAAUUACUACUGAGAGUCAACAUGUGCAUAAUUCUAGGAAUUAGUUUUCGAGAAGCCAAACUGUAUUUAUUCCGGAUAGGUUAUUUAUUUCUUUCCGUGGUUCGUCUUUCCUUGGGAAAAUUUAAAAUAAUUAGUUCUCACCUCGGAGUAAUCUUUGGUCUUUGAUGUUGGAGGUUUCCCUGCCAUUCAUCGUCGUCCACGGCGGCGACGACAUCGUCACCGAUCCGUCGGUGAGUCAGCUUCUGUACGAGUCGGCAGCCAGCACAGACAAGACCUUCAAGCUGUACCGGGGGAUGUGGCACGCCCUCACCUCCGGGGAGCCGCCGGAGAGCAUCAAGCUCGUCUUCUCCGACAUCAUCGCCUGGCUCGACGAACGCUCGCCCGCGGCGAGCUUAGAGAAGGAACAGAAGACCGAGCACGACAAGGAAACCUAG